AUGCCUUCAACAAGCUUAUGCCAAGAUGAGGCGUGCCCGCCAUACAGCCUUAUGGAUGACUACAGCGAGGGAGCUCACCCACAAAUACUAGAAGCUCUCUUGCGAACAAACUCUACGCAGCAAGUCACAUACGGGAAUGAUGAAUACAGUAUCGCUGCCCGGCAGUUGAUCCGCAUCAAAAUCGACUGCACCGAAGACGAGGCCGAUAUCUUCUUCGUUCCCAGCGGAACCUCCGCAAACCUCAUUUCAAUCGCCAGCUGCCUAAGGCCUUACGAGGCCGUCAUUACCCUGGAAUCAGGCCACAUCGCCUCCAAAGAGGCAGGUGCAAUCGAAGCAACCGGCCACAAGCUCAUCCUCGUCCCUGCCGUCGAUGGCAAGAUGACGCCAGCGAACCUCCAAAAAGCAAUCCAGCAAAAUCAAUUCUUCCCCCAUAUGGCCAAGCCCCGUCUCCUUUAUAUCUCUAAUGCCUCUGAGACUGGCACUGUUUACACAAAGCGCGAGCUGAGCACUCUCUCGGCAAUCUGCAAGCAAUCGAACCUUCUACUUUUCAUGGACGGGGCACGCAUGGGCGCAGCUAUCUGCUCGAGGAAGAAUGACCUCACCCUGCGUGAGAUCUUCGAUAUGACUGAUAUCUUCUGGAUCGGCGGUACCAAAGCCGGUGCUCUGAUGGGAGAAGCUAUCGUCGUCAAGAAGCAGCUGGCUGACGGCUUCAUCUUCCACCUUAAGCAGCACGGCGCUUUGUUGGCAAAGGGUCGGAUCCUCGGAGUUCAGUUCACGGAGCUCUUCCGAUCUGACUUGUUCUUUGAGCUCGCUACGCAUGCCAAUCAGAUGGCGCAGAAGAUCUCGAGUAACUUUGAGAAGUUGGGAUAUAAGUUGGCUGCGGAGACGGAGACAAACCAGGUGUUUGUGAUACUUCCCCAGCAAUUGGUUCGGAGACUGCAGGACAGAUUCCGGUUUUAUGUUUGGGAGCAGCGUGAUGAUGGGAACUCUGUAAUUCGGCUUGUGACGUCUUGGGCUACGGAUGAUCUGGAGAUCGAUAAGUUCAAUGCGUGGGUGCAACAGUGGACACUGGACACAAUUGCUUAG